AUGGAAUUUGAUAAUUGGGCAAUUAAAUUUAUUGAUACACCGCAAUUUCAAAGGUUGAAAGAAAUAAAACAAUUAGGUUCUACCUAUUUUGUUUAUCCUGGUGCAAGUCAUAAUCGCUUCGAACAUAGUUUAGUAACAUUGGAUAUUUUAGGAACUGCGCACCUUGCUCAGAAAUUUACAAAAAUAUUACAGCAAAAAGGCGAUGGAAAAGCGGAAAAUGCAGAAGAUGCGGAAAAAAAUUUAAAAUGUGUGACUUUGGCAGCUUUAUGCCACGAUCUGGAUAUUGUUGAAGAACUAAAAGAUUCGGAAGCGGAUUCUUUCGAACUAGACCAAGAUGAUGAAAAAAUGAUCGAGGCACUUAUUCUGGGAGAAUCAGCUGGAAUGUAUGAAAAAUUAGACAAAUAUAUUGGUGAAGAUCAGUCCUUAAAUAAUGUGAUAAUUGAUGACUUAAUUACCGAGCAGCUAGGAUUAAAUUAUGGAAAAGGUAAUAACAAUCCCGUGGAAAAUGUCACAUUCUAUGACAAGAAGCAACGCAAUGAAC